UUUAUUGAGCGAAUUACAAGGAAAAACACCUUGUUACGGAAAUAACGCCCUUUGCGAAACGAAUUUUGUGUGAUUUAUAAAAAAUUCCACACACACAAAUUUAGUAAAUUGUGUUGAUUUUAUUAAAAUAUAAUAUAGUAUUGCGAAAAUAAAUUAUAGUUAAACAGCAAUAUAACAAGCGGUACGAAAAGUUUUUUGAUAUUAGAGUGUGUUGCCAACUAUUUAAAUUGAUUAAAUUAAUGAACAAACAUAUAAAAUAGAUUAUUGUGCAAAAAAUAAUAAAAAAAACAUCAUAAAUCUAAGACUGGGGAUUAAAAACGCUUCAUCAUCGCUUCAUAGCUUUUAUUUGGAUAUAAUUUAUAAUAAAAAUUCUUAAAACUGGCGGAGGAAACAGCUGAAAAUUCCAACAUGAGUUGGGGUAUUGAUUUAUGGGAUCAGUACGAUAAUUUAGCGAUACACACAAAUAAAGGCAUUGAAUUUUUGGAUAAAUAUGCAAAUUUUAUAAGAGAUCGUUUAGCGAUAGAAACAGAAUAUGCCGCUAAAUUAAGGCGAUUAGUAAAAAAUUAUCAGCCCAAAAAGAAAGAAGAAGAAGAUAAUGAAUUUACAUCAUGGCAAGCUUUCCGUAAAGUACUCAAUGAAAUCAGUGAUCUGGCAGGACAACGGGAAGUGGUAGCGGAAUCCCUGCAAUUACAAAUCAUACAAGGCAUUACACUGCUCUCCAAAACCCUAAGAGAAGAAAGAAAAAAAUGUCUAUCAAAUGGCACAUAUUUACAACAAAACCUCACCACACAAUUGGCCUCGUUGGAGAGGGCCAAACGUAACUAUGAGAAAGCCUAUCGUGACUCUGAAAAGGCGGUGGAAAAUUAUAAAAAAGCUGAUAUGGAUUUAAAUUUAAGUCGAGCCGAGGUGGAACGUUAUAAAAAUAUAAUGACAGCCAAAAUUCAGCAGUCAGAUGAUGCGAAAAAUGAAUACGCCAAUCAAUUGCAGAAAACGAAUAAUCUACAGCAGCAGCACUACCAAGAACUAUUGCCAGAGGUCUUCAAUCGCCUGCAAGAAUUGGACGAAAAACGUACACGUGGCAUACGAGAAUUCAUUAUAGAAGCUGCAAAUGUAGAAUCGAAUGUGGCUCCCAUAAUCGGCCGAUGUUUGGAGGGUAUUAUUAAGGCUGGCGAAGCGAUAAAUGAAAGAGAAGAUUCUUAUAAAGUUAUAGAAAGGUUUAAGUCUGGUUUUGAUAUACCACUAGAUAUACCCUUUGAAGAUUUAUCAAAACAGGAUGCCCUUGAUUCAUCACAAGAUUCCCACUAUAAUCAUACGGUACAGUCGAGUCAUUUAACCGUUAAGGGCACAAUAAGUGCCAAUAAACUGAAGAAACGUGUGGGAAUUUUCAAUAUAUUUGGCAGUAAUAAGAAUUCUCUAACUGCGGACGGACAAAAGGAAGAUUUCAGUGAUUUACCACCUAAUCAGCGACGCAAAAAGCUACAGGCUAAAAUUGGCGAACUACAACAGAAAAUCCAUCUGGAAACUGCGGCCCGUGAUGGCCUAAUGAAAAUGAAAGUUGUGUAUGAGGCCAAUUCAUCGCUGGGCAAUCCCAUGACAGUGGAGGGUCAACUAAAUGAGUCGGAGCAUAAAUUGGAAAAAUUGAAAAUUGACUUGAAAAAAUAUCAAGGCUAUUUGGAAAAGGCAAAUCAAAUACCCAUGGCAAAUAAUAGUCCGCAAGCAAAUCGUAAUACGAUGAACAAUGGUCAUCGAUCGUCAAGGCAUUCCAACGGUAGCACUGAGGACAACAAUUAUGACGGCGAUUUCCAACAAGAUGAUGGCGGCAGUUUAAGCAGGUCAGAUUCUGAGGAUAAUGUGGCGCAAAUACAAAAUGGCCAUAAUAAUAACAAUAACGGCAGUUCGGCAAGUCCUGAGAGUGGCUUAGGAACAUCACACACUUCACUGCCGGGCUCGGGACAAGGUAGCGCCAACGAAAAUGCCAUGGGAGAGGAAACAUUUUAUGAAAGUGAAUUGGAACCACUACAACCUCUGGGUACAUGUCGAGCCUUAUAUCCAUUUGAAGCCACCAGUGAGGGCAGCAUACCCAUGAACGAGGGCGAAGAGUUGCAAGUGAUUGAAAUCGAUCAGGGAGAUGGCUGGACGCGUGUGCGUCGCAUGAAUAAUACAAAUGGUUGGGAUGAAGGUUUUGUGCCCACCAGCUAUAUUGAUUGUACACUAUAUUCUUAAGUGAAAAAGAGUUAAGAAAAUUUUGAAGGUUGAAAACGGAAAUAUUUAAAAAAUAUAACAAAACAAACAAAAUAUGAUUAAAAGAAAUUUAACACUAAAAUACAAGAAAACACAACAUUAUUAAACAAAAACAAAACAAACAAAAAAUGGUUUAUUUCCAUUUUAUUUUCUUUUAAAACUUUAUUGUUUUUUUUUUAGGAUUUAAACAAAAUUAACAAUUUUUAUUACAAUUUUAGGUUUCAAUUACUUUUUAUUUUAAUUUUUUUUUUUGCUUUUUGCUUUUAUCAUUUAACUAACUACAUUAUUUUUUUUAUAUUUAAAUAAAUAAAUAUUUAAGUUUUUUUUACGCGCUUAAGUUGUAUAUUCAAAUUGUUUUCUAAUUAUUAUUAUUAUUACAAUAUUAUAUAUAUAAAUUUCUGCUUUAUGAUUUCUUUUUUUUAUGUAUGAAACAUAUAAAUAAUUUCCUGCCCUCCUUUUUUGUGAAAAAAACUAA